AUGGCGUCGGGGUUAAGCCCGGUUACCGAAGUGAAAGAGAAGGAGAAGAGUAAAAUCGCUGAAGUGACAGCUCCCGCUGGAGCCUCAAUAGCAGAUAAACUUUCUGAGCCGAAAGACACAUCUACACCGGUAAAACUCACACUUCCGGUGAAUCCAGGUGAUGAAAAAAGUUCGCUUCUAAACAAGUUAGCAGAGUUGGAUAAGAAACAGAAACAGCUCCAAGAGAAGAAAGAACUAGAAACGUUACGGAAACAGGUCGAGGAACGAGAGGAGGCGGUGCGUGAAUUAGAGAAAUCCCUCACCGAACCGGUACGUAAAGGUAAAUCCAAAGAAUCAUCUUCAGGGGAAUCAGGCGGUGCCAAGCCGAAAAAACACAAAUCAAGAUUAGCAGCUAGUUUUCAGGAAGGACAAACACCAUCUACCUCAACAGAAUCAGGACAAUCAGGUACGAGUUUAUUAAAUAUUGAUACGUUGAGGCAGAUGCCCAACCUCAGAGAACAAGUCAGAAAAGAACUGAAAAAACUAGGGCUUGAGAUUGCAGAAUCUUCUAGCAGUAGCACUGACUCUAGCUCAGAUUCAGAUAGCGCAGAGGACGAAAUUGAUGACACAGUGGUAGAACAAGUGUUAAAACAAAGACCAGAGGAGCACCUCCAUAUGGGCCAACACAUGUCUUACACCAUCAAUCCUCUAGAAGCCAGCUUGACAACUUCCUCUUCAGAUAGAACUACACAUUCUAGCAAGUGUUUCUAA